UCAGAGCUCCUCGCCAUCCUCGGCGCCACAGGCCAGCAAGACGGCUCCCUUGCCCAUUUCGUCUCUCCGAUCCGUCCCUCUCGGCCCACUACAAGGUGCGCGCCAUCACAAGAGGCCCACCAAGCCGGCCGUCGACGCCCUUCGAGCCAAAGGGGCUGAGGUCGUCCAGGGCGACCUGGAUGACCCAGUAUCGCUGAAAGCCGCGCUGGCAGACGCCCACACAGUCUUCAUCACCACCCGAACCAUCUACGACGACCAGACCAAGGAGCGCGAGGUGCGCCAGGGCAAGGCUGCGGCCGACGCGGCGGUGGCGGCGUACGAUUCGCGGGGCGAGGUCGAGGCGUACAUCCGCACCCUACCCGUCAAGAGCGCGUUCUACGCGCCGGGCAGCUUUAUACAGGAUUUCCCAGAUAUGAUAGCGCCUCGGCCUGUGGGGCCGAUCAGCCUGGGGUGUACGCUAUCCCGAAUAUCUCCCCCGGCGACUGUGGCUUUCCCUGGAUCGACGUGGUGGCAGACACGGGCAAGUUUUUGGGGACGAUUCUGGCGGAGCCGGAAGUGUUUGCGGGCAAGACCUUGUACGCGGCGGCCGGGAUGCACACAUUUGACGAGGCUGCUGCGAAGCUGUCGGCGCAGACGGGCAAGACGGUCAAGUGCGUCAUGGUGCCGGAAGAGAAAUUCCGGGAGUUCCUGCCGCCGCCGGCGCGGGAGCCGGUGGUGAAUGUGUUCAAGUUCGCUGCCGAGUUAGGUAUUAUGGGCCGGGGUCGGAAGAGCUGGCCUGGAAGACGAUGGAGAUGGUGCCGCACCGGUUGACGACUCUGGAUCAGUACAUUGCGGCGAAUAUUCCACGCUUGUUUGAGGUAGAUAUUGG